AUGAGUUUUCGGGCGACACUGGCGAGACUGAGACAGAAUGCGAUAAAUACACAGAAUGCACCAAAUGCACCGCUGCAACUAGACCCAGCUCUUAGUCAAUUGCUCCAUGACACGGAUUUAUCUCUCCUCCGCAAAUUUCGCCAUGGCUCCAAGCACUAUGUGGAGCGUCCCGAGCUUCAAGUCGAAGAGACCGAUACCUUUGAUAGUCUCCCUCCCGAAUAUGAGGGUUACGAGAUUGCCGAGAGAGGAGCAGAAACCCACGAAGGCUCAUAUUGGGACGGCCCACGAGAAGAGAGGCGAUCCCCCGCGGCAGUAUAUGGAACGAAACAUGUUGGCAUGGUAGUUCUGCCGUGGGAGCUUGAGCAUGCCGUUAGUAGGGUCGUUGAAGGUGAGACAAUUCAAUAUCCAGCUCAGUUCCUACUCACGCUCGCAGAGUCCGACAAACACCAACUACGUUCGGAUGCUAAACGGUUAUUCUUUUAUCCCAUACAACCAAACACUCAGCCAACAACUUCAAGCUCGGGUCCCUCGAAAAUACCUUAUCACAAGCCAGAAAAUGCGCGUUCGUCAAAUCUCAAGCCUGAAUGGCAAUUAUCGAGUACUGCACCAUCACUCACAUUUAGUACCAAAGGAAAUUACAAGACAGUGGUUCAGCUCGGCCCUCGGGAAGCAUUAGCAUUCAAUACAGUCGUGAUGCCAGCCCAUUAUGCCGCUACAGCCAAUGUCUUUCGAGAAAUAUCCCAACGAAUAUCUGGACCUGGGAAGGGUGACGACCGAAUAGAGACCGUCAUUGAUUUUGGGGGCAAGACUGGCCAGGGGUUGUGGGCUGCUUUGGUAACCUUUCGAGAGCCAAUCUCGGCUCCAGAAACCGGACAGGACCCGUCUAAACCACUCGAUGAAAACGCUAACCCGACCUCCUGGACACCCAUAUCCGCGUCCCCUCACCACUUGCGCGUCGGGCCUUCAUCUGUCCCUUCGAUUCCAACCUCUUCGGUUACACUGCAUAAUCUGGAGAAUAAUAUUCCACGUGAACAGUCAUGGUCAAUAUCCACACUCAAAAAAUACAUGCUACUCGACUCUAGACGUGGUUUGACAGAGUUGGCGAGACGAUUGGUCAAGGGAACGAAUAUAGGUGAAUGCGAGGUUCUGUACCAAGAUUUCUGGGGAAAGAAUACUCAACUGCCCGUACCUGAACAGUCAUUAGCUCUAUGCGCAUUCACUCUGUCGGAGCUUCCUGAUGGAACCGCACGCAAGCGGAUGGUCACAGAAAUGUGGCAGUCUGGGGCAGAGUGGAUGGUUAUCAUCGAUCAUGGAACUCCCACAGGGUUUGAUAGUGUAGCACAAGCUAGAGAACUGCUCUUGGAUUUGGGAAGAAAGGAACUUGACUCUCGAGUCGAGGGGUCAGAGGAUAAUCAGAGGGCUCCGGGAAGCCAUGUACUCGCUCCUUGUCCCCAUUCUCAUGCAUGCCCGCUACAUAGUUCGCCAAACACUCGGGAUAUUUGCCAUUUCACCCAGCGAGUUCAGACGCCGCCUUUUCUGCGACACACAAAACAUUCGCGUGAGGGCCACGAAGAUGUGGCCUACUCAUAUGUGGUCAUACGGAGAGGGAGGGGCCCUGUGACUCACCGUACCCAGCAAUACGGCAGCCCGGCAGCCAAGGGCUUAGUUGGAGCUGUUGGGCGUGAAUCCGCUGAAAAAAUGCGACUGGAGGAAGUCGUAGAAGGUGGUUGGAGAAGAUGGAGUGUGGACUGGAUUGAUGGACACGGAGGCAUGGCGCAUGAAGUAGGAAUAGAACGAAAUGACUUGGGUCAAACCCAGGAGCCUAUCGAGUCUGUCGAACAAAAUUCUGAAGAAGAGGUACUGCGUGGUGCCAUCGGAACAUGGCCUCGAAUAAUUUACCCCCCAAUGAAGCGUAGCGGACAUGUGAUCAUGGAUACUUGCACGAACGAAGGUUCGAUCGCGCGCAUAACCAUCCCUCGCUCCCAAGGUAAACAGGCAUACUAUGACGCUCGAAAAGCAAGUUGGGGGGACGCUUUUCCUCACCCACCCCGCAUCACACCUCUAAUCCGAACGCGUGGAAUUCGUAGACUUGGUCCCUCCCACACCCAGCCCGCCGCCGAUGAGCCAAACAUCGAGUCAGAGACUUCGGAGCUGGAUGAUUUGCGUAGCACCGACAGUAUCGAUGAGGAUCGCAUAAACGCGUUCGAGGUGGAGUCAGAAGCUGGAUCAUCGCGAAGAAAGUCGAGAGACAAUUCAAGACGCAAAGGGCUACGAGAGUCCCGACGUCGGGGCGCCGGCACUGAUUUAGCUCCCCCCGAUAUAGAAACUGAUAGCUGGCUUAAUAGAGAGGCAAGCGAACUCGCCACCCAGAUUCAGGCCGAGAUGGAAAAAAAUUGGGAAAACAGCCAACCUGGAAAGAGGGCGGAUUAG